UCCCUGACACAACUCUUCUCAUCAUCAUCUCCUUCCCCACGGCACACCAGAGCAGAGCACACUUCGGCCUCUCCAACCGUCGCCAAAAACCUCACCAUCCCACUGAUCCUGGUGGGAGUGGAAGGAGAGCAAACCCAAUGAAGGAGAGAAGAAGCUUAUUGAGUGGUGAUUGAACCAAAGUUGGAUGCCAAGUUUUCUUAUUGAAUUGGACUAGUUUAGGCACCAAGACCCACUCCCAAUUUGAACACCAUAGGCCCAACAAAAUCCAUCUCUCUUUAGUAUGUCUACUUCUCACACCAUUCUAUCAUGGACACUCCUACCACCAAUUCCUCCAUUGCAGCAGCCCAACCAAUUAAGCUACCGAUUCAGAAGGGUUGUUCCGGUCAAUCGUUGCACAUCAGACUCCAAAGAAGCUGCAAUCGGCAACGGCGAUACCGAUCUAAGAGUAGGGUCGCCGAUCAUCGUCGUGGAGGCUCCGCCGAUGUUGAAGACCGCCAGCCCGAUACCUACGUUGAGAGCCAACUCCGGAUUAGUCAAGGCAGGUGAUGUGGGAAGAAUUGUAGCAAGGAAGCCUAAAGAUGUAUGGGCAGUUCGCUUAGCAAUUGGUACCUAUCUUAUAGAUGGCAAGCAUUUCAAACCCUUGGACAUCCAAGAAUGAGGUCUUAGGAUCAAGAGAUGCGGUAUCAUGUAUGUUCGCGAUGUACGUCGUCGAUUAUGUAUUUGAUGGAACCAUUUUGUAAAUAUAUAUGAUAAUAUAGUGUGUGUAUCUUGUACACUCUUUCAUUGGACUUCUUGUAAUCAAUGUUUAGGCCUUUUAACA